AUGGAGCUGCUGAAACAACUGGGUGGCCUGAAAGUGGCACUGCCCAGGCUAGGCAUCAUCAAAAUGACAAGUAGUGUGUCAUCCAAGCCCUCCAAGGUCCUAGGUGUUUGUAAAUUCAUUUCCCGACUUCUCACUGUUGUUAAUCAGACUCAAAAAGAGAACCUCAGGAAGUACAAGCCCCUGCAGCCCAAGAAAGCACAUACUGCAGGUUCAACAAGCAUGAGGAGAGUUGAAGAACAAGAAAUAGCAGCAGGAGAAACAGUUGUUCCACUGCUGAAGUUCAUGGUCAAGGCCUGA